GCGGAAGCGCGGCUGCGGCGCGCCGUGCCGGCGGCGAGGGGAGGGCGGACGCCCGCCUUCGCCCGAGUGGCUGCCUCGGCGGGCCGCCGCCCCGGGCAUGUGAGCGCGGCAGCUGGCCCGCGGGCCCGGAGCGGCGCGGAGGCCGGCCGCACACGGUGUGUGGAGGCCAGUAUGAAGCUGAAAAAGCAGGUGACAGUGUGUGGGGCAGCCGUCUUCUGUGUGGCGGUCUUCUCGCUCUACCUCAUGCUGGACCGAGUGCAGCACGAUCCCACCGGACACCAGAAUGGGGGGAACUUCCCCCGGAGCCAAAUUUCUGUGCUGCAGAACCGCAUUGAGCAGCUGGAGCAGCUGCUGGAGGAGAACCACGAGAUCAUCAGCCACAUCAAGGACUCCGUGCUGGAGCUGACAGCCAACGCGGAGGGCCCGCCCGCCCUGCUGCCCUACUACACGGCCAACGGCUCCUGGGUGGUGCCGCCGGAUCCCCGGCCCAGCUUCUUGUCCAUCUCCCCUCAAGACUGCCAGUUUGCUUUGGGGGGCCAGCACCAGAAGCCAGAGCUGCAGAUGCUGACUGUAUCGGAGGAGCUGCCGUUUGACAACGUGGAUGGUGGUGUGUGGAAGCAAGGCUUCGACAUCUCCUACAGCCCACACGACUGGGAUGCGGAAGCCCUGCAGGUGUUCGUGGUGCCCCACUCUCACAAUGACCCAGGCUGGAUCAAGACCUUUGACAAGUACUACACAGAGCAGACACAGCACAUCCUCAAUAGCAUGGUGUCCAAGCUGCAGGAGGACCCCCGGCGGCGCUUCCUCUGGGCGGAAGUCUCCUUCUUUGCCAAGUGGUGGGACAACAUCAAUGCCCAAAAGAGAGCGGCAGUGCGAAGGCUGGUGGGAAAUGGGCAGCUAGAGAUUGCAACAGGAGGCUGGGUAAUGCCGGAUGAGGCCAACUCCCAUUACUUCGCGCUGAUUGACCAGCUCAUCGAGGGCCACCAGUGGCUGGAGAAAAACCUUGGUAUAACCCCGCGCUCUGGCUGGGCGGUGGACCCCUUUGGACACAGCCCCACCAUGCCUUACCUGCUGCGCCGCGCCAACCUGACCAGCAUGCUGAUUCAGAGGGUGCACUAUGCCAUCAAGAAGCACUUUGCUGCCACCCACAACCUGGAGUUCAUGUGGAGGCAGACCUGGGACUCGGACUCUAGCACAGACAUCUUCUGCCACAUGAUGCCCUUCUACAGCUAUGACGUCCCCCAUACCUGUGGCCCGGAUCCCAAGAUCUGCUGCCAGUUUGAUUUCAAACGCUUGCCCGGUGGGCGCAUCAACUGCCCUUGGAAGGUGCCACCCCGGGCUGUCACAGAGGCAAACGUGGCUGAGAGGUAUGUGUUCCCAGGCCUGGGCUGGGCGUGGUACAUGACUUUUCGGGGGCGCCGGGGGCGGACGCGGGCGGGACUGGGGGUCGGGGCUGCUGUUGGAGGCCGCGCGGGGCAUGCGGCGGCGGGGCAGGGGCCGGGGGCCGCGCAGGGCGGCGGCCGGGCGGGCAGGCGGGGCGCGGCGGCGCUGUCCCCGCUGUCCCCGCCCCGCACGCUGCUCGGCCGGGCGGCCGGGAGGGGCGGGCACCGGGGCCCCGCGGAAGCGCGGCUGCGGCGCGCCGUGCCGGCGGCGAGGGGAGGGCGGACGCCCGCCUUCGCCCGAGUGGCUGCCUCGGCGGGCCGCCGCCCCGGGCAUGUGAGCGCGGCAGCUGGCCCGCGGGCCCGGAGCGGCGCGGAGGCCGGCCGCACACGGUGUGUGGAGGCCAGUAUGAAGCUGAAAAAGCAGGUGACAGUGUGUGGGGCAGCCGUCUUCUGUGUGGCGGUCUUCUCGCUCUACCUCAUGCUGGACCGAGUGCAGCACGAUCCCACCGGACACCAGAAUGGGGGGAACUUCCCCCGGAGCCAAAUUUCUGUGCUGCAGAACCGCAUUGAGCAGCUGGAGCAGCUGCUGGAGGAGAACCACGAGAUCAUCAGCCACAUCAAGGACUCCGUGCUGGAGCUGACAGCCAACGCGGAGGGCCCGCCCGCCCUGCUGCCCUACUACACGGCCAACGGCUCCUGGGUGGUGCCGCCGGAUCCCCGGCCCAGCUUCUUGUCCAUCUCCCCUCAAGACUGCCAGUUUGCUUUGGGGGGCCAGCACCAGAAGCCAGAGCUGCAGAUGCUGACUGUAUCGGAGGAGCUGCCGUUUGACAACGUGGAUGGUGGUGUGUGGAAGCAAGGCUUCGACAUCUCCUACAGCCCACACGACUGGGAUGCGGAAGCCCUGCAGGUGUUCGUGGUGCCCCACUCUCACAAUGACCCAGGCUGGAUCAAGACCUUUGACAAGUACUACACAGAGCAGACACAGCACAUCCUCAAUAGCAUGGUGUCCAAGCUGCAGGAGGACCCCCGGCGGCGCUUCCUCUGGGCGGAAGUCUCCUUCUUUGCCAAGUGGUGGGACAACAUCAAUGCCCAAAAGAGAGCGGCAGUGCGAAGGCUGGUGGGAAAUGGGCAGCUAGAGAUUGCAACAGGAGGCUGGGUAAUGCCGGAUGAGGCCAACUCCCAUUACUUCGCGCUGAUUGACCAGCUCAUCGAGGGCCACCAGUGGCUGGAGAAAAACCUUGGUAUAACCCCGCGCUCUGGCUGGGCGGUGGACCCCUUUGGACACAGCCCCACCAUGCCUUACCUGCUGCGCCGCGCCAACCUGACCAGCAUGCUGAUUCAGAGGGUGCACUAUGCCAUCAAGAAGCACUUUGCUGCCACCCACAACCUGGAGUUCAUGUGGAGGCAGACCUGGGACUCGGACUCUAGCACAGACAUCUUCUGCCACAUGAUGCCCUUCUACAGCUAUGACGUCCCCCAUACCUGUGGCCCGGAUCCCAAGAUCUGCUGCCAGUUUGAUUUCAAACGCUUGCCCGGUGGGCGCAUCAACUGCCCUUGGAAGGUGCCACCCCGGGCUGUCACAGAGGCAAACGUGGCUGAGAGAGCCGCCCUGCUCCUGGACCAGUACCGGAAGAAGUCCCGGCUCUUCCGCAGCAACGUGCUGCUGGUGCCUCUGGGCGACGACUUCCGAUACGACAAGCCCCAGGAGUGGGAUGCCCAGUUCCUCAACUACCAGCGGCUCUUCGACUUCCUCAACAGCCAGCCCGACCUCCACGUGCAGGCCCAGUUCGGCACCCUCUCUGACUAUUUCGACGCUCUGUACAAGAGGACAGGGGUGGAGCCUGGGGCCCGGCCGCCAGGCUUCCCCGUGCUGAGCGGGGAUUUCUUCUCCUACGCGGACCGAGAGGACCACUACUGGACCGGGUAUUACACUUCCCGGCCUUUCUACAAGAGCCUGGACCGCGUCCUGGAAGCCCACCUGCGGGGGGCAGAGAUUCUGUACAGCCUGGCUGUGGCCCACGCCCGCCGCUCUGGACUGGCCAGCCAGUACCCGCUCUCCAACUUCGCCCUCCUGACAGAAGCACGGCGCACGCUGGGGCUCUUCCAGCACCACGACGCCAUCACCGGCACGGCCAAGGAGGCGGUGGUGGUGGACUAUGGGGUCAGGCUCCUGCGCUCCCUGGUCAGCCUGAAGCAGGUCAUCAUUCAUGCAGCUCACUACCUGGUGCUGGCGGACAAGGAGACCUACCACUUUGACCCGGAGGCGCCCUUCCUCCAGAUGGAUGACACCCGCUUAAAUCAUGAUGCCCUGCCCGAGCGCACCGUGAUCCACCUGCAGUCGUCACCCAGGUACGUGGUACUGUUCAACCCGCUGGAUCAGGAGCGGCUCAGCGUGGUGUCCCUGCUCGUCAGCUCGCCGCUGGUCCGUGUCCUCUCGGAGGAGGGCCAGCCCCUGGCUGUGCAGAUCAGCGCACGCUGGAGCUCUGCCACUGACAUGGUCCCUGACGUCUACCAGGUGUCCGUGCCCGUCCGCCUGCCAGCCCUGGGCCUUGGUGUGCUGCAGCUGCAGCUGGGCCUGGACGGGCACCACACCCUGCCCUCCUCCGUGCGCGUCUACCUGCAUGGCCGCCAGCUGUCCGUCAGCAGGCACGAGGCAUUUCCUCUGCGCAUCGUUGACUCUGGCACCAGCGACUUUGCCCUCAGCAACCGCUACAUGCAGGUCUGGUUCUCAGGCCUUACCGGGCUCCUCAAGAGCAUCCGAAGGGUAGACGAGGAGCAGGAGCAGCGGGUGGACAUGGAGUUCCUUGUCUAUGGCACCCGCACGUCCAAAGACAAGAGUGGAGCCUACCUCUUCCUGCCCGAUGGCGAGGCCCAGCCCUACGUCCCCAAGGAUCCCCCUGUGCUGCGUGUCACCGAAGGCCCUUUCUUCUCCGAGGUGGUGGCGUACUACGAGCACGUUCACCAGGUGGUCCGGCUUUAUAACCUGCCAGGGGUGGAAGGACUGUCCCUGGACAUGGCGUCCCUGGUGGACAUCCGGGACUAUGUCAAUAAGGAGCUGGCCCUGCGCAUCCACACAGACAUUGACAGCCAGGCCACCUUCUUCACAGACCACAAUGGCUUUCAGGUGCAGCCCAGACGGUAUCUGAAGAAGCUGCCCCUGCAGGCCAACUUCUACCCCAUGCCAGUCAUGGCCUACAUCCAGGACAUGCAGAACCGCCUCACGCUGCACACUGCGCAGGCCCUCGGCGUCUCCAGCCUCCGUGACGGCCAGCUGGAGGUGAUCUUGGACCGGCGGCUGAUGCAGGAUGACAACCGGGGCCUGGGCCAGGGGCUCAAGGACAACAAGAGAACCUGCAACCGUUUCCGCCUCCUGCUGGAACGGCGGACGCCCAGCAGGGAGGUCCCAGGUGGCCCUUCUACCAGCUACCCGUCCCUCCUCAGCCACCUGACCUCCAUGUACCUGAGUGCCCCAGAGCUUGCCCUGCCCGUGGCCAGGAGGCGGCUCCCAGGCCCCGGCCUGCGCUCCUUCCAUCCUCUGGCUUCCUCACUGCCCUGCGACUUCCACCUGCUCAACCUGCGUGCGCUCCAGGCCCAGGACGAUAGCUCGCCCUCUGCAGAAACUGCGCUCAUCUUACACCGCAAGGGUUUCGACUGUGGCCUUGAGGCCAAGAACUUGGGCUUCAACUGCACCACGAGCCAAGGCCAGGUGGCCCUGGGGAGCCUGUUCCGUGGCCUGGAUGUGGGCUCCCUGCAGCCAACCUCCUUGACAUUACUAUACCCGCUGGCCUCGCCGUCCAACAGCACGGACAUCUACCUGGAGCCCAUGGAGAUCGCCACCUUCCGCCUCCGCUUGAGCUAGGGCUUCGUGUGCCCUGAGACGAAGGUCAUCCACAGGGGCUGGUUCUCUACCCGUUAAGGUUGGGUUGGACAAGCCGCGCCGGCUGUCCCGUCCCGAUCUACCUCUCAGAACUGUGAUAGACUCAGCUCUGCCCUCGCUUUCCGUGUACUGUCGCUUCUGUGUUCAGGGGCAGCCCACACCCCAGCAUUGGGUAGAUAGGGUGGUGACUAGUGAGACCAAAGGGAGAAGGCCCUCGGCCAGAACAGCCAGUGCCGGCCUCCGCUUUGGGCUGCGAGUGGCCACCCAGUCGGGUCAAGCACCCAUCCUUUUCCCAAAUGGGAUGGUGACGCAGGGACGGAAGAGGUAGGGGAGGCUGAGUGGGAAACAGUCCAGCGUCUGGGCCACUGUAGGCGAGAGCUGGCUCUAGGGGCAUCCUGUGGUCUCGCAGGGACUGCACGGCCUGGUGCGAUCAGAAGGGAGCGACGGCUAGGAGGGGAAGGGGACCCAGAGCCAGUGCUGUGGGGGAGUAGAAGGAAUUGUGCCUUCUGGGAUGGCCCCAUCUAACUGCUCUCCGACCUGCACGCCCUGGCUGGGGGCUGCGGUGCCGUGGGAAGGACUCACUAGAGACUGCAUCAUGGCCAGAGGUCAUAGGCCACUUCGGGUACCAAAACCUCCGUCUCACACUGGGUUUCACACUUGGUCUGUGUGUGGGCUGUGGGGUCGCGGCAGGGACGUGGAGGCCUCCAUCUGUGUGACUCCUGUACUCGGGACGCCCCCUUCCCUUCAUGGGGAUGUUUAGUCUGGCAAACUUCCUUUCUCUGGAAAGAAAGCGAGGCCUCCAGGACUCCAUGUGCGCAGGCAACUGGAGAAGGCCUUCAGCACUGCCCGCUAGUCUGGACGCCCUCCCCUGGAAGCAUGUGACCCCUGGCACGCCGAGGGACUAGGGACACGCCGAGGAAAUCGCCAGGCAGUGGGGCUGCCCAUCAGGCUUCAUUUCAGCUUUGAUUAAGAGAAAAAUGUAUCAUGGUCUCCAUAGAUGCUGAAACAAUAUUUGGUAAAAUUUAAAAUCUAUCCCUUAUUAAAACUCUUAGUAAGUUAAGGUUAGAAAGAAAUAUCCUAAUUGAGAUAAAGGCCUCUGUCAGAAACCAACAGUUAAUGGCAUUCUGAAGAGUCAGACACCACAGGCAUUCCCAUCAAAGUCAGAAACUAGCCCAGGACAUGGAGUUAUUAGCAGUGUCCUGGCACACUGACCACCUGCGAGGGCAGGCGAGGAAGGUGAGGAAGAGUGACAGCUGUUAUUUUUUGAUGCCGAACAGCUAACCUAUAAAAUAUAAGAGAGUCAGUGAAGGCCUCCUAGGAGUGUUCUGCAAGUUGACCCAAAUGGUCCAAACCAUGUUCCUGUAAAAAUGUUGGUUCUUUCCAAAUCAGCCCGUAAAUUCGGUGAAUUCCAGUGAGGUGGGAUCCUUUUUGGAAUUUGACAGGUUCUCAAGUUCAUUUGGAGGAGUAAACAUUGAAAACACUAGGAGAAUCUGAAUGAUAGUGGGCUGGGGUGGUGGUGCUGAGGCGGGUAGAAGGCUCUGUCCUAGAGGAGAGGAUCUCAGACCAUGCGUUCGGAAGGUGUGACCAGGGGUGCAGCCAGCCAGCCAGCCAGCGGAACAAGGGAGUGCCCAGCAGCAGACCCAGGUGCGUGAGAAUUUAGUAUAAGAUAAAAGGCAUAUUUUAAGUGGGGCAAAAGAUGGGUUAUUUAAUAAAUAGUCGGUUGAGACAAUUAGCCAUCUAUUAAAGUAAGAGUGAGAUCUCUACCUCACAGUUUCCCCAAAAAUUAGGUCCACAGGGGAAAAAAACCCUACAAAAUUACUGAAGAAAAUACAGAAUAUUUUUAUACCUCUGGUGUGGGAAGGUCUAUUCUAAACGUAACAUGAAACCUUAGAGAUACAUAAGGGAAAAGAGAAACACAUUUCGCUACACAAGAACAGUGAAAGUUUCUGUGUGAUGGAAAACAUCAAGGCUAAAAUACAAAUGACAGAUUUGGGAAAAUAUACUUGCUGCACUUAAAAAAUUGGUGAGGAUAAUUACUUUAGGAGAAAAACUUGCUUUGGGGUCCUUCGAGAAAGUCACCAAGGCCUGCUAAGCAGCUCCCUACAGGUUCAAGAGUGACACAGCUGAGCUCUUCCAGGUCACCCGGGGUUACUGCUGCCAACAGCAGGCCAGGGCACGUGGAAUCCUGUCUGUGUCACAGUGGAAGAAAUAAGAUUAUCAGUGUGAAGUGCUCAGCAUAGUGCCUGGUACAUCUGAGAGCUCAAUAAGUAUGAGCCAUCAUCAUAUUAGUAAAAGAUGCUAAGCAAUUAUAGCAGGUGUUAUUUGCUGUAUAAUUUGUAAUCAAGUGGUAAGGGAGAAUCUGAACCCUUAGAAAAUUAGCCGAAUAAAGGCUAUUACCGUUGGA